GCCGCCGCUGCUACAGCCGCCGCCGCCGCCGCCAGUGAGGGGACAGCAGGCGGGAGAGAGGGCGGCCGCGGCGCCCGGCGGCAUGUGAGCAGCGGCGGGAGCGUCCCCCGAGCCCCGCGGCAGCACUAGGGGGGCCCGUCCCCGCGGCGGCGGUUCAGCGCGGGCAUCCCCGCUCCAGCCACCCGCGAGGGGAACAAGGAGCGGCCACAAAGCGCCGCCGCCCGGCCGCCUCCGCCCGACCCGCCCGCUCCCGGCGAGGGAGGGGGCGAGCGGAGCCCCCUCGUCACCUUCUCGCCGCCCGAUCUAUGGGAGAAGCGGGCCGUCUCCCUCUAGGAAGCGCUGCCGCGGCUCGCCGGGACUGAGCGGAGCGGCCGGCGGCCGGCGCGGCGGGAGGAUGCCACUGCUGCGGAAGGCGCUGCGCGUCUCCAACCGCUCCAUGCUCGCCUUCAUCUUCUUCUUCUCCUUUUCCUCAUCCUGCCUCUACUUCAUCUACGUGGCCCCCGGGAUCGCAAACACGUAUCUCUUUAUGGUGCAAGCUCGUGGUAUAAUGUUGAGAGAAAAUGUAAAAACAAUAGGACACAUGAUCAGAUUGUACACUAACAAAAAUACUACACUGAAUGGGACAGAUUAUCCUGAAGGAAACAAUUCUAGUGACUGCCUUGCUCAAACAACAAUGUAUCUUCCAGAGAACUUCACCUACUCUCCUUUCCAGGCUUGUCCGGAGAAGCUGCCUUAUAUGAGAGGCCUUAUUGAUGUCAAUAUGAGUGAAAUUAGUUUUGAUGAAAUUCAACAACUCUUUUCAAAAGAUUUAGACAUUGAACCAGGGGGGCACUGGAAACCAAAAGACUGUAAGCCACGGUGGAAGGUGGCAAUCCUUAUUCCUUUUCGGAAUCGCCAUGAGCAUCUUCCAAUUUUUUUCCGUCAUCUGAUACCUAUGUUGCAGAAACAACGUCUGGAAUUUGCCUUCUAUGUUGUUGAACAGACAGGUACACAACCUUUUAAUCGUGCAAUGCUCUUUAAUGUUGGCUUCAAAGAGGCUAUGAAGGAUGCUGUCUGGGACUGCAUAAUAUUUCAUGACGUGGAUCACUUACCUGAAAAUGACAGAAAUUAUUAUGGAUGUGGAGAAAUGCCACGCCAUUUUGCAGCAAAGCUGGACAAAUACAUGUACAUCCUUCCAUACAAUGAGUUCUUCGGUGGUGUAAGUGGGCUGACAGUGGAGCAAUUCAAGAAGAUCAAUGGUUUUCCAAAUGCCUUUUGGGGGUGGGGUGGAGAGGAUGAUGAUCUUUGGAACAGGGUUCACUAUGCUGGAUACAAUGUAACAAGACCAGAGGGAGAUUUAGGGAAGUACAAAUCCAUUCCUCAUCAUCACAGAGGUGAAGUCCAGUUUUUAGGACGAUAUAAACUUCUGAGGUAUUCCAGAGAACGUCAGUAUAUUGAUGGAUUGAACAAUUUAGUAUAUACUCCUAAAAUACUUGUCAGUAGAUUGUAUAAAAAUAUAACUGUUAAUCUCAUACCAGAACUUGCUCCUGUUAGAGACUAUUGAUGGAAGUGGAAUGACAAGCUACCUUACCAGAAUAAACUUUUAACACUGGAAGCUACUAAUAGACACUGUAAACCAAACCAAAACAAACCCAACAAACAGCAGUUUAGAAUUAGAGUUUUUUGACCAUUUGAUGAUGCAUAUUUGAGAUGAGAAAUUAUUGUAUGUACCAUGCAUUUUGUUCUGAAAGAAAAGCCAGCAGCUACCACUCAGAUGUUUACAGCAUGAGACUACUGUUCAAGCCUUCACUCUUCAUAUUCUCUGUCUUAACCAUUCAACUAAAUAGACUGUAGGAAACAGACUUGUAGCUUCUCUGGAAGUAAGGACAGAAGCCUCUUCCAGGAAUUUUUUUAUACUAAACUGCCACCUCCCUCGUAUUUAAAUGAAUGCUCUUGUUUCUUUUUAAAUGUGUUUUGUAAAUAUGUGAUGUAAAUGAAUGUGUGUACAUUGCUUUUCAAUUGUUCAAUAUUUUAUGCUUCAGUAUGUAUUUGAGUGUGUUCUUGUUUGAAUUCUAUAGGAAUGUUUUUAUUAGCAUGAAAGAACAAGUGUAAAAUGUAAGUAUGCUUGUAAAAAGGUUAUACCUUAUGUAAAAUGAAGGAAAUAUUAAUUGUUGGCCAGCUAUGACUGUAAACUGUUAUACUAGUUUUGAGCUCUAGGCCUCCUGCAUAUCUAUAUAGAAAAAUCAAUUUCAUAUAUGAACUUGCUAGGAAAAAAGCUUUUAAUUUUAUUUAUUGCCAGCAAAAUUGUAUGAUACCCUGCCUGCCAUCUAAAGUCUAUUUAUAUGCAUAUUGCAUGUGUAUUACAGAAGAUCUUGCGCUUGUUGCAUAUUAUGAUCUACAGGAACUCUAACUGUUUCCAAGUGUGCCACUUGUGUCAAUGUCAGGGAUUUUAUUGCCUAAAACAAUGUGUCUGAAUGCGUACAGUAUUUUGGUAUUGUUCUUUUUCAAAAAAAAAAAAGAAUCCUAGUAAACAGCACUUUUAUUCCUCCAAAAUCAGAAGAGCCAAAAAUGUGUCUUCAUUGGAAGAAUAUCAAAGUUAGAUUUUUAAGAGAAUAAUAAAACAUAGUUCUAAUAGUUCUAAUGCUUGCAGUGUGGGAUUUUCAGAACCACGGUGUUGGUCACACUGUUCUGCUGAUGGGGACGAUGAUGCCGAAAGCGGAACUGAAAGCAGGCCAAUCCCAAGUGCUUUUUAAAAUUCCACUCAUAGUACAUUAUUCAAUAUAGCUAUUUGAGGGCCUAUUCUGGCAGGGUGCUUCGUGCUUCUGUGAUGCACUAAGUAUCCUCGAGUCGAUGACUGUCAGUGAGAUUGAGGUUGUGCAGUCCUGCUAAGGAUUGGUCCUGUCUGUUUCUCUAUUUUUGUGGUGUUAUAUGUAUGAGUAACUAUGAGCCUCUCUCCUCAACUUAAAAUGAAAAAUGUAUCUUCUUAUUUUCUCUUUGCUUGUAUUGUUAUGCUACCGAAAAGUAUUCCACUGCUAAGCAUUAUUAUCUUUUCCUAAUAUUUUUUUACAUCCCUUAUUGAUACUAAGGGAAAGGGCCAGGUGAUUUAUUUUCUAUGUUAAUGCAAAGAUAUUGACCAAGAUCUACUAAAGUGUUUUGUUUGUCAAGGUUACUCAACUCCUUAGGAACCAAAGACUGACUUCUGCUCCCAUGGAGAAUGGGAAGCAGUAUAUAUAAUAAGGAUUGUUUAUCCAUAGAGUGUUCUUCAAGAGUGUUGACAAAGAAUACUAACUUUAAGUCAUUACUAUGUGUUGGUUUCCUGAAUUGCUGCCACAGAUGGUGUGGUGCUUUGUAUAUUUUAAGUUUGCCUUAAACAUCUUUUAUUACUUUGGCAUCACAGCAGCAAAUUCUGCCCUUAGCCAUUCUUCAGUGAAGUUAUGAGCUUAGUUGUAGACGUCCCGAAUAUUUAGUAGAAAUACAAUUAUUUAAUUUAAGUAGUUGAGAACAAUCGUAAGGGAUAUUUUAUACCAUAUUGGAAUUACCUUAAAAUCUGCCAGUUAAUCUAAUAUGCUUUAGGAAUGAGGUAAUACAGUGAAAAUAUCUAAAAGCAUAAAGUGAAGAAAACAUCCUUCAAAAGCAUGCUGAAGUGGUUCAAUCACCUCCCAAUAGAUUUUUCUAUAACUGAUUAUAUAGAACAUUUUGAAGGGGAGAUAAUACAGUGUAUGAACAAUUAUAUCUUCAAAAUAAAAUUAGUCAUUUCAUAGCAGACUAAUACUAUUCUUUAAGAACAGUUGAAUAAAUUUUUAAAUCCUUGAUGUAAUUUUGAUGUGAUUUCUGGUUUUCAGUACAAUUUCACCUUCAGUUUCACACCUAUGAUUAUGAAGCAUCCUUUGGUACCAUAGGUCUGUACUGUUUUCUGAAGCAUGCUUUUGUGCCCAUUUGUUAGGCAUUCUGUGAAAUUUAUGUGCAAUUUUAAAAAAAAUCUAAUUCAUAUAUAUGUAUAUAUACUUACAUAUAUACAUACUAUAUUACACAUUUGCUGUGGCUGAACUAAUAUAACUUUACAGCUUUAAGUGAUUGAUCAUGUAUGGUCCUAGAAAAAUGUGAUUUAAACCAGUACGUGAAUGAAUUGUGACAUAUACCUGAGUUCUUAAAACGUUUACAUUUUGGUGCCCAAAGUGAUGGAUGUUAAAUUAUGAAUUGCUGACCAACACUAUUCCCUAAGUACCUUUUAUCAUUUUGUUGGGAAGUUUUAAAAGUUGCCAUCUUAAAUUACAUCACAAUAGUGUUUGUAUACUACCUGCUUGAACUCAGUACUAUUCUGUAGUGAAUUUUAACAUAGACAGUGCCUUCAAACAAAAUAAAUAUGAUGCAGAACUAAGAGUUGUGCACAUUCCUUUUGAUAUUUUCAUGAUUCUUGUAAAAUGUAGAAAGAAGCCAAUCACAUUGGCUUUUGCAUUGCUGACAGUGCAAAUUAAGGACAUCUUUUCAAGGAGGGAACAUGGAGGGAGAGGAAAAAGGGUGUCUUUUACAAGAUUCUAAAGGUCUUGCAAACUAACAAGUAAAACCGUUACAGAAGUAUUAAGAUUGGAAUCUGGUUGAUAUGCUAAGAUACUCUUAAGCCCAUUUUCUAUAUAUUAAAUUUAAGUCGGAGCAUAUAAAACAUAAAGUCCAUUUUGCAAUAGACAGUAUAUUGAAAGGCAAGUGCAAAAUGCCCCUUUUUGGAUCUUGACAGUCUAUUUUUCUAUUGUUACGUUUACUAAUGACUGUGUUGUGGUGGGUCACUAAUGAGCCAGUUCAUUAAAAAAACUGAAAGGAUCCAUUGCAUAUCAGCAAGAGGAAGUGUACCUAAGAUUAUUUUAUUUGUAGAGGUAUAUGAGAUAGGCUUAAUGAGAAAUGCACUGAAACAAAUACUGGGAAUUUCCUGUGUACUAUCAUAGCUUUUUUUUUUAUUAUUUUUGUUGUUCAUGAAAAUGUUUGUACUUUUUUAUCAUUGUCUUUUAUGAAAUAUAAUGUUCUAAAGAU